UGAGUUAUUGUCAUGUAAAAAAGCGCUAGCAAUAAGACCAAACGCUUUGCUAUUGUCCAAGCGGAAAGAGCCAAGUUUAUUAUGAGGACUAUAUGCUCUAGAGACCUCGGGCUAGGCGGCUCUUAGGGGGCUUUUCAUAAAACAGGGCUAGGUUCCUAUAAAGGAGGCCAGUUUUGGAGCAGGCGCUGAGCAGUGAACAUCUACCCACCGUCCAGCCUCUUUCCAACCAGUUCAAACCAAACAAGUCAUCUUUCCCCCCCAACUCAGACCGCGCGUCCUCCUCAUUUUUGUUUUUAUUAUUUUUUACUUUCUAACCCAGUUUUUUUGGGGGUAGUUUUUCUUUGAUAUUUUUUUUCCCGGGAAGUGCAGCUUUCUAACUCCACCGAGCCUUCUCAAAUGUAUAAAAUGGAGUAUUCUUACCUAAAUUCCUCUGCCUACGAGUCAUGUAUGGCCGGGAUGGACACGUCGAGCUUGGCAUCGGCCUAUGCGGACUUCAGUUCGUGCAGUCAAGCCAGUGGGUUUCAGUACAAUCCCAUCAGGACCACUUUCGGGGCCACCUCCGGCUGUCCGUCCCUCACGCCGGGGUCCUGCAGCCUGGGGACCCUGCGGGACCACCAGAGCAGCCCGUACGCCGCAGUUCCCUACAAACUCUUCACGGAUCACGGCGGACUGAACGAGAAGAGAAAGCAGAGGCGCAUCCGGACCACGUUCACCAGCGCCCAGCUGAAGGAGCUGGAGCGGGUUUUUGCUGAAACGCACUACCCGGACAUCUACACCAGAGAGGAGCUGGCACUCAAAAUCGAUCUGACUGAAGCCAGAGUGCAGGUGUGGUUCCAAAACCGGCGUGCCAAGUUCCGCAAGCAGGAGCGGGCAGCUGCAGCGGCCGCAGCGGCUGCCAAGUCCAGUUCUGGAAAGAAGUCCGACUCCAGAGAUGAAGAAAGCAAAGAGACCAAAUCUACCGACCCCGACAGCACAGGAGGACCGGGCCCGAACCCCGUGCCCACCUCCAACUGCGGCGGACCGAGCCCCACCGGAGGCCAGGUCAACACCACCGGGAACGGACAGGUGGACCAAGUGAAGACAUCCGUGUCCACCGGCAUGGGGGUGACAGCACCGAGCCAAGGCUGGGCCACCGCCCCGGGGACCAUCACCUCUAUCCCGGACUCAUUGGGUGGGCCAUUCGCCAGCGUACUGUCGUCUUUGCAAAGACAGAACGGAGCCAAAGCUACAUUAGUAAAGACCAGCAUGUUCUAAUGAAGCUUCACAGCGGGAGAAGAAACACAGAGCAGAGUUUCCUCAUCCUCCGGAGACUGAAAAGCAAUUGCCUGAGAGAGACUUAAGGACAAUAAAAAGCAGUUAAAAAGAAGAUGACAACUCUGUUAUUUUAUUUUUUAAUGCCUUGCGCCGUUUCUUGUGGUCAGUGGACACUUUUGCUGUAAAAAUAUCCAUCUUGACAAGUCACAUUGUCUUAUAACAACAACGUUUGUUUUUCUUAAAACAAGUGCAAGUGGGGGAAAUGUUUCCAGUCAUGUCUAAAGACUGCAAUCCUGGCAAAAAAAAAAAAAAAGGCUAAUUACUGUACUAAUAACAAAAUGACACUUCUGAGAUUGUUCAUGCAUUAAUACAGAACAAGAAGACAUAUCUCAUCCCAAAGCAAAAUGUUCCUCUUGUUUUAAGAAAUAAAAGACACAUUUAAGACUGAAUACUGGAUGAAGUGACUUGUUAAGAUGAACAUUUUUUGGGGGCCAAAUUUAUGAGCAAACACAGACGUCUGCGCACUGGAAACGCGUCGUGCCAUCAUCAGUGAGCAAAGGAGCCUCGUUAAGUCACAUUAUAUGUCAGAGUUCAACAGCUGCUUUGUUUGGUAGAGAGACGUUUAAUAUCCAUGACUGAGGAUGCUCUCACACAACAAAUAUCCAACGAGACGCUGACGCAUUUUGCUUCUCUGUUCUCUAUAAGACACAACCUGCUGUUUGGAAGUAGCCUCUUACAGCUGUGUUUCUGUAUCCAGGGCUGCUGAGAGUUUAGUUUCUUUAAAUUAUCGAUAUAAACACAAUUAUUUCCUCGAGAAAAAAAAAGGCACAAACUACUGCAAUGUUCACCUCUGACAGGAAAUCUGUAUGUUUUGUGUGUCUUUCUACGGCAGUGUUUUUGUGGCUCAAAUUGUAUAGUGUUAAUACGUAUUAUUGUCUCCUAUAGUUGAACCAUAGGCCAUACUCCCUCGUAGAUCGACCAUACAAGUCUUUUUGAUGUUUUACAAAAUUCCCUCGGAAGAAUUUAUUUUGGGUAAAAAAAAAAGGAAUGGAUGCAAACAUUGUAUUUAUUUCUAUAUAAUUUGCAUGUUGUCUCUUUGUCUGAUUUUACAAUGAUUUCACUUCCAUUUUGUGAGCAUUAUGUAACUUGUUUUGUCCAGGAUCUGAAAGUUAUUUAUAUGUAGGUAAUGAAUGCUUAUAUUUAAGAAGGAAAUAUUUCUACAUGUGCACAUAGUUUUCCAGGUGUACCAUUGAAAUGGUUGUUGAUGAUAAAAAAAUAAUAAUAGUCCAA